AUGCCCGCGAAGCGAAAGCGACUUGAUCGAUCUUCAGGCGAAGGAGGCAGACCAUCGCCGCAUAAUCCGGGCGACGCAGCUCUUGCGCUCCACGAACGAGACGACAGCAUGAACCAAAUGAACCAGGGUCAGGGUCAGGGCCAAGGCAGAGGCCGAGGCCGGGGAGGCCAUCGGGGGGUCGAUCGGAGGAACUCGUCGCGCUCAGGGCCAGAGCCAGCCUCCCGCUUCGCGAAGGCCCAGCUCCUCCUCCCAGCCGACACCGCAGCCCUCUCCAGCACCUCGAGGAGCGCCCAACCCACCUCCAGAUCGAAGUAUCACUAUGAUAAUCUCACAGAGGAAAAGAUCCGGUCAUGGGCUGAACGAGGGCGUGAAGAGAUUGUUCGGCAUGGCGUGCAGUCGCGAGAAGACGUCGACAUCACGGAACUGUCCAGCUUGUUCCAGGAGUUUAUUUAUGCGGUUGUUGAGAACAGGCUGGAUGCCACAGAUGCUGGAACGUGUGUCAAGGAGAUUUUGGGGGACGAAACGACAGAGGUUACUAAGGAUUUCUAUGUCGCUCCUCACACGCUACUCCUCGACUCGCUGGCUAUUGUCAUGGACAACCAGCCCGAUUUAUACCGCCCGGCUCUUCGCAACUUCCUCAUUGCCACCGAAGUCUCUCCCGCGCUGAUGCGACAAGUGCUUGAUGCGCCUAUACUUCAGCAGCUUGGCCUCAUCAGAGAUACCUUUGCUAGACUUGGUGUCAGGCAGGCGACAAACCUGUUGUACCGUCAAGCAAACUACAACCUUUUACGAGAGGAGACGGAGGGAUACUCAAAGCUCGUCACCGAAAUCUUCACAACGAGCAGCAUACCGUCACCGUCGCCGGAUCUUGCAGAACAGACGUUUGAGAGGGUCAAGGCUCUGAUUGGAACAUUCGACCUGGACGUCGGGCGAGUCCUCGACGUCACUCUCGAUGUUGCUGCUGCCGUUCUCAUAAAGCAGUUCAAGUUCUUCGUCAAGUUCCUGCGAAUCAGCUCUUGGUGGCCGCGCUCGCAUCUUAUCCUCAGCUCCUCGGCCCAUGCCGUCGGCGGCUUGCCAACCUGGGCUCAGCCGGAUUAUCCACAUUGGAACACGACCGCAGAAGACGAGGAGAUCAAUGCACAGCACAGACUUGCUCGAGACGUUGCCUUCUGGGCUCGAGCACGGGAGGUGCAUCUGGCAGCGUUCUUUGAACUCGGGGGCAGGGAGGUAUCUAAUCUGACGGCCUAUCGACCGAAGCUCGCCAACGGCAGCAACUCGAGCGAAUUACCUUCUGAUCUUGAUCAACAAUGGAUCGAAAUUACCAAAACCCUUCCGCCACCCGGCAACAAGGUUGCUGCGCAGCUUCUGGGCUUCAAGCUCCUCUUCUACUACAGCGAUCUGCGGGACCCGACCGAUGUUCUCCCCGCCAAUCUGCUCUACUUGGCGGCUCUCCUCAUCAAAGUCGGCUUCAUCUCCCUCGCCGACCUCUACCCUCACCUUUCACCCCCGGAUGAAGCGAUGGAGCGCGUUCGCGAGGAGCAGAUGAAGGUCCUAGAGAAGGAAGAGAGAGCGUCCCGGGGAGGCCCUAUGAAUGCGCUACUCAUGGCCGGCGUUCUUCCCCAAGGCGACGACGAUAACCCUGUGUCUUCCAACGUCCCCCGACGAGAACUACCGAAAAAGGUGGAACCCGAGCAGAAGCCAGCCACCACAGAAGCGGCCGAGGACAAGAAGCCUCUCCCGGAGCCCAUGGAGCAGAAAGUGAGGCUCCUCGACCAGCUUCUCACCAUUGGCGCCAUCCCAGAGUCGUUGUUUAUCCUUGGGAAGUUCCCGUGGAUUCCAGAGACGUUCCCAGACAUUCUAUCCCGAAUUCACCGCAUAUUACAUGUCUCGAUGGAGAAGGUAUUCAGCGAAAGCCGCCCAAGGCCUGUUGGUAGCGCCGAAUGUCCAGCCAAGGAGAUAUUUUCUGCAGACCAAACGGGUGUCGCCAAAGGCAGUGUCCGGCUCGUCAGGCCGCCCGUCAAGAAGAUAUGGCGGUGGCCCUAUCCUGACAAGUUUGACACGAACGAAAGCCAGAAUUAUCGAUUCUACUGGGACGAAUGGGCCGAUAACAUCCCCGUCUGUCAAACCGUGGACGAUAUCUUUACCCUCUGCAACACCUUCCUCAACAUCUCCGGUGUCAAUAUCGGCAAAGACGAAACUCUGCUUUCCAAGCUGGCCAGUAUUGGAGCAAAAAGCUUGACCGAGGAUACAUCCGAGUCGAACUAUGCUCGCUGGCAUGACCUUCUACGCAGGCUCCUCGUGCCGGCGCUUAGCCACACCAAGGCCAAUGUGGCAGUGGUCAACGCAGUGUGGGAAUUACUCCGUCGAUAUCCGCUGACAACACGAUACUCGAUAUACGCGGAGUGGUUUGAGGGACAGAUCUCUCGGCUGCCGGCCAUGCGAUCGGCAUUUGCUCGUGCAACUGCAGAAACGCGAGGAACGAUGAAGCGGUUGUCUCUCACCAACAUCAGCGAGAUGGCCAAGCAGCUGGCCAAGACCAGUUAUUCUUCUCCUGGUAUCGUGUUCCGAGUUGCUUUCGAGCAGCUCGAGUCGUACCCGAACCUGAUCGAAGGCUUUGUCGAAUGCGCCAAAUACUUCACCGACCUCUCCUAUGACGUCCUGGUCUGGUCUCUGAUGAAUUCCCUGGGCAAAUCCCGAAGCCGCACACAGGCCGAGCAUGCCCUCACGACAAGCAAGUGGCUUCAGGCCCUCUCGAGGUUCUCUGGCAAAAUCUUCAAACGCUACUCGGCCAUCAAUCCUAUUCCCGUUCUCCAAUACGUUAAUGACCAACUCCAGCGCGGCAAUUCAACCGAUCUGAUCAUUCUGAAAGAGUUCGUCAAUUCCAUGGGCGGCAUCGUCGACUCUGUCGACUUCAACGACGCCCAGAUCCUAUCAAUGGCUGGCGGAGAACGACUGCGUCGUCAAACGCUGAUCCGUGGCCAGGAUAAACGCUUUGACAGUGUUAGGAGCUCAAAGCGACUCAUCCAGGCCCUCACGGACUCGAAGCUUGCCGCCCGGCUGCUUCUCAACCUCGCGCAGUAUCGCCAGUCAGCUAUAUACAAGGUCCCCGAAGACGAAGCUCACGUCAAGUACUUGUCGGCCCUGGUCGAUGAUUCCCAUCAGAUACUGGUGUUGUAUCUCGACUUCAUCUGGAGCAAUCUGGAACCUUCGGCAUUCGACGCUUUGGUCCCCUCCAUCAACGAGCUGAUUAGUUCCUACGGAUUGGACACAAGCAUCGCUUUCCUGAUUGGACGCGCCAGCCUGUCUCACCGACUGUAUCCUUGGGGUCAGAAGGAGGCAGAAACUGCAAAAGAGAACACUCAAUCUACGCAACAGGAGGCUACUGACAAGGAGGGAGAUGUAUCUAUGAGCGAUGAGCCCAAGGAUAAAUCGGGUGUGGCUGCUUCUACAAACGAUGAGCAGGUGGGAACUGAUAAUCCUUCAACUGGCCCGCGUGCCGCAGCUGAUACGAAACACAAGCAGAAAUCGGACGAUGCGACGUUGACGCUCGCGCCUCUGCAACCCAUUGUCGAGGUGCUCAAACAGACCGUGCGGCCCGAGGUCUGGCAAAAGAUCAACCCUGAACUCUAUGCUGUCUUUUGGGCCCUGCAGCUCGGCGAUGUUUUCUGCCCCGAGGAAAUGUACAAGGAAGAAAAAGACCGUCUCGAGAGCGAAGGUCAAGCCAUCCUCAGGGAUCGAUCGGACAUGUCUCGCAGAGGCCAAGAGCGAAAGAAUGAAAAGAGACAGGAACUCUUGAAACAGCAGCUCAGCCUCUCGAUGGAGCUCAAGGAACACCGCCAGCGAAAAGCGAAAUGGAUGGAGUGCUUGGCCGAGCAGGUCCAAUCGCUUUGUCCCGACCCCAAGAUCAAGCCCGAUAGCCUGUCAGACAUUCUUCUGGAGCAGUGCUUCCUCCCUAGGGCCCUUUUAUCGCCAGCAGACGCCGAGUAUACCUACAAGUUCAUCAUAAUGCUGCAUGAAUCGAGAGCGCCCAAUUUCAAGCUCAUGUCCCUCUACGAUCGACUCUUCAACGCCAACCGGCUGCGGUCUCUCGUCUUCACCAGCUCCGUCAGGGAGGCCGAGUACCUCGGCCGAUUCCUCAAGCUGAUCCUCCGAGACCUGUCCAGAUGGCACAAGAAUGAGCCGACUGAAAAGGGCAGGCCAAGCAAAGACCAGCCACGUCUGGGCGCAUACGACAAGGAAGGAAAGGGACCUAGUGACCGGCCAUAUCUCGGAUUCGCUGUCAGUCUCAAGGAGGACGGAGCACCGGAUACUUUGAUGGAGCACGCUCAGUUCAAAGAUCUCCUGUUCCGCUGGCAUAAGAACUUGAAUACAGCGCUCAAGAGUUGCUUGGCUGGGACGGAGUGGAUGCACAUCAGGAACGCCCUUACCGUUCUCAAGGCCGUCCUGGAUUACUUCCCUGCCAUUGAUUUCAUGGCCACCCAGUUCACCGCACAGCUUCAGAAGAUUACCAAGCAAGAAGCUGCAUCCAAGACAGCAGCCGAGAAUGAGGAGGGCCACAGAGUGGACUUGUCUGUGGCCGCCCAGGGAGCCAUGUCGGAGUUGCAGAAGCGAAAGUCGAAAUGGGUUAUGGUCCAGGCUUUCCGACCCAAUGCAGGCGGCGCUCCUCAAUCCGAUGCUGAUAAAUCGGCUGCGUCGAAUUUGCGUGCUACGGCUUCUGAUUUCCAGCCACAGACAACGAGACCCCCUACGGCUGAGAAAGAAGAUGGAGAAGUUCCAGAUGGAAAAGCCCAGCCAACCUCUGCCAUGUCAAAGGACACCUUACCUGUUAAGCCGUCCGGUCCUAAACGAGACGUCUCCAUGUCUCGAGAUGAUGGGCCUCCACGCUCAUCUACUCCCAUGGGCGGUCAAGGUUCAGGUCCUCAUGGUUCAAGAAACGACACUCGCCCCCACACUCUCCCCGACAGGCCCGCACACAACCUUCCCACGCGACCCGAUGUUCCUAUACCGAGCCACUUUACCCCAGAACGUUAUCCGCAGAGUCGAGGACAUGACCGUCGCGAUGCGAGAGACGGCAGGGAUAGUCACAGAGUGCGUGACAGCCGAGAUCCACGAGAGUCUUGGGAAAGUCGUGACCCUAGAGAGGGCAAAGACCACCGUGACACGAGGGAUCCUCGCGAAACCCGAGCUAUGGAGGUGGACAGACCUGAUCGCUCUCGCGAAUACCUGGACCGCCGUGGAAACGACAUGGCGCCCCGCGACGCUGGCCCGACAGACCUGCCGCCUCGCCCGAGACAACAGGAAAGAGAGUGGAUGCCAAGAGACUCCUGGACAAACAGACCCCAGGACCGAUUGGGCGACAUGCCCUCUCAGACACCUUCGGCUCCUCCCGGCCCUGCUGAUGCACCCGAGCCAGCCAUGAACCCCCAGAGGGCGGCAUUGUUCGCCCAGGAUGACGGGGACCGACCGCGACGAGGCCCGGAGCCAGAUCGAGGACCCCGCAGCCGACGACCCGGGCCGCAGGAUUCGAUGGAAUCGAUCAACCCGGAGCGCGCUGCAUUGAUUGACGAACGCGAUGAUGCUGCGCAUGGGCGGUUGAGAGAAGACGUUCGAGAGAGAGGAGGACCUAGGGCGCAGUCUCCUCGGCGCAGCGGCGGACGAUAUGGGCACGAGCAUGGACCCCCGUCUGGACCCUACGAGGAUCGGCACGGGCACCCCUUCCCGCAAGAUGUCAUGCGGCCUACCGGACGAACUGCCCGCGAACGUUCACCACCCGGUGGAGAGAGCUAUCGCGGCAGCAAGGGCAUGGAGCGCGACGGGGAGAGAGCCCAUAUGGACAAGAUGCGGGAUGCCUCUUCUUCUUCAGGCUUCCACAGAUCAGCGCUCGGACAGGAGGUAGAGCACAGGCCUCCUUAUCAAGAUCAAAACUACGGACGGCUCAAUCCGGUGCCAGCCGCUACUAGUACUCCGGAUAUUCCUCUCGGUCCCCGUGGGCGAGGCCGGGGUACAGCAAGGAACAAUCCACCAGGGCCGCUUCCCGCGAUGCCAAGUCGGCCCGACAGUCGAUAUGGAGUUUCCGAGGCGUCUCGACCACCCUCGCAAGAAAGGCACCCCCCUUCAGGUCCUGCAUCCGGCCGUGGCCGUCGUGGCUAUGAGCCCGGCGGUAACAGCACUGGGCCGUCGGCAGCUCCCUCUGGAGCUCCAGGCGGACCACAUCCCGAUAGGAUGAGGAACUUUGGCGGCGGCGGCGGCGGCGGCGGCGCACAGGAGAAUACACCUGGUGGCCAAGGCCAAGGCAGCAGCACAGCGGCAUCGUCUGGAGUGCACCCCGAUCGACUUGCGCAAAUGGGCGGCCCCGGAUCCAACGCUCCGCCACCGCCUCCCCCACCUCCAGGACCUCCGCCGUAUGGGCAUGGCAACGGACCCGUGCGUCACUCCAUGUCUUCCUCUGGCAAUGACAGGCCGGGACCUAGGUCGUCCGCCGGCGCUCUCCCGUUGGAGCCUGCUGUGCCUACUGGCCCUGCUUCCUCUGGCGACAGGUCGUCAAGAUCUGGUGGCGGGAGAAGACAGCUGGCAGGCAUCAAUAACAUGCUUCAGCAGGCUCAGGCGGCCAUGCCGAAUGAAGGACGCCCAAGCGGCCCCCGUGUCAACCCUCCCCGACAGAUGCUCGGCCACUCGGACGCUCAAGUUUUGGCGGGAGGAGACAUGACGCCAUCCGUGCCUGACCGCUCAGAUGCACAGUGGCAUGAAUCAUCAGCCCGGAGCGGUCCCCCGAAUGGGGAUGACGGGCCAGGGCGUGGAGAGCACGACCGGAGCCGACGAGAUCGCGGCGAUGGCCGAAACGACCGAUCCAAGCGGUCAUCGCGCCGAAGCAGCCGCGAACGAGAGAGAGACGGCAAGGAGCACAGCGAGCACCGUGAUCGACGAUCCAUGGCUGGUGGUGUAGAGGGCGCGACCCGAGAGGAUAGGGAUGCUCGCAGGUCGGCCCGAGAUGGCGGAUCGAGAGACGCACCAGCAGCGCCGAGCAGCGGCCGCGAGUCGCGGCACAGGGGCGAGGGCGGAAUGGGAGCCAGGGGCGGGGACGAGCGCAGCGGCAACAGGAGCAACCGAGGGACGACGAGGGACGGAGCACAGCGUACGGAGGAGCAGCGGAGGGAGCAUAGAGAUGACCGAGGACGCAAGAGGAGAGGCGAAGAAGCCGACGGAGCCUUGUCAAGCGAUCGUGAGAAGCGAGCACGACGGUGA